CCCUACCCCUGCUGCUAGUUCUAUCCCAAACCCAAAAUGCAAAAUCCACCACCACAACACAUCACCUGUGAUCAAAAUGUGCACGUUAGCUGUCUCUCCACAAUCAUCACCACCCUCCGAUUCCAUGCAUUUAAUAUUAUGCUUAUAUUAUAUUAUAUUAUAUUAUGCUCAUCUUUUAAAUGCUCCCUCUCUAUCGUUAGCUUAACCUACGCUUCAGGCCUCACUGUCCUCUCUACUCUCUGCCUUCUCAUUACUCUCCUCUGCCUUUAAAUGGAUCUGCGUGCCCUCUGCAAAUUUUCCUUCCAGUAGCUGUGCACUCUGUCCCGUUUCGUUUCCGAUCUUAUGUCAUUCCCGAAACGUUUCGCUUCUCUGAGCUCCGAUCGGCUCCUGCAUUUCCUCUCUUGCCUCAACUACGCCCAAUCGGAGCUCCUGCAGCUCUACUUGUGUGAUCAGUGCUUGUUGUCUCGUGCAUUUGCGUGAUCGAUGCUUUGUUAGUUAGUGCGAUGAAUCCUCUCUGCUGCAUUGCUCCGGUUUCCAUCGAUCGGGAUCGGGCUAACCCGGUGGUCGAGAAAUCUGUUAACCAGUCUCAGUUAGGACUUGAAGGUGUUGAUAAAUCACUCAACAAUAGCUCCAAACCUACUUUCUCAGCUCAGGUUUCGUCUGUCGGUACUGAUUUGGACAGGUUUGCCGGUCUUGGUAAUCAAGAUGAUGAAGAAUUGGUCGCUGAAGCUAGGGAUUCGAAGGCGUAUAGUGUGAAUGGGAGCGUGAGUGGCGCUGUGGCGGGGAUUCUUUACAAAUGGGUGAAUUACGGGAAGGGAUGGAGGUCGAGAUGGUUCGUGCUCGAGGAUGGAGUGCUUUCGUAUUACAAGAUUCAUGGACCUGACAAGAUUUUGAUGAGUCCGGCGAGGGAGAAGGAUGUUAGGGUGAUUGGAGAGGAAUCUUUAAGGUACAUGAGAAAGGCUAAUUGGACUAGUAAUCGACUUGGUGUGACCGCCGCUUCAGCCGUCAGACAGUGCAAACCAUUCGGCGAAAUCCAUUUGAAGGUUUCAUCAAUUCGUGCAAGCAAAUCAGAUGAUAAAAGGCUUACCAUCUUCACUGGGACAAAAACUCUACACUUGCGAUGUAUAUCAAGAGAGGAUAGAGCAGCAUGGCUCGAGUCCCUGCAGGCCACUAAAGAUCUCUUUCCUAGAGUGUUGACCAAUAUUGAUUUUUCACCUUAUGAAGAUAGUGUUUCUACAGAGAAAUUAAAAAUGCGAUUAUUGCAGGAGGGCAUUAGUGAGGCAGUCAUCCAAGACUGUGAGUCAAUUAUGCUCUUAGAACUCUCUGAGUUGCAAAAUCAGUUGAAGAAUCUUCAACAUAAACACAUAAUGUUGUUAGACACAUUGAGGCAGUUAGAGACAGAGAAAAUAGAGCUGGAAACUACUGUAGUAGAUGAAACAAAAGAGCGUGAAUCAUAUUGUGGACAAGCAAAUAGAAGAUUUAGUGAUUUCUAUUCGGUCAUGUCUGAGGGCAGUCCAAGUGAUACUGAAGCUGAUAAUGAAAGUCAAGAGGGAGCAGAUGUUGAAACAGAUGAAGAUGAUGGGACAUUUUUUGAUACAAAUGACUUUUUCUCUUCAGAUGCUUUAAGAAGUGCCUCCUAUAGAAGUAGGGAAGCUAUAGGAAAUGCAUGUAUAUAUGAUAACCCUUUUUUUUCUGAUCAUAUACAUGGGACGUCUGUGAAGGUAAUCAGGACAAUCCAAUAUCCAUUUGUUAAAAGAAGAGAUAAUUUGCCGGAACCAAAGGAAAAAGAGAAGCCUGUUGGCCUGUGGUCAAUUAUUAAGGACAAUAUUGGGAAGGACUUGUCUGGAGUUUGUCUUCCUGUUUAUUUUAACGAACCACUCUCUUCGCUGCAGAAGUGCUUUGAGGAUUUGGAAUAUUCAUUCUUGGUUGAUCGAGCACUGGAAUGGGGGAAGCAGGGGAAUGACUUGAUGAGAAUUCUGAAUAUUGCAGCUUUUGCUGUAUCUGGCUAUGCCUCAACAGAAGGCCGGCAAUGCAAGCCAUUCAACCCUCUCCUAGGGGAGACUUAUGAGGCUGACUAUCCAGAUAAAGGGCUUCGUUUUUUCUCUGAAAAGGUAAGUCACCACCCAAUGAUUGUUGCUUGUCACUGUGAGGGGAGAGGCUGGAAAUUCUGGGCAGACUCCAACAUCAAAGGGAAGUUCUGGGGGCGUUCUAUUCAGCUUGAUCCUGUUGGUGUCCUUACCCUGCAGUUUGAGGAUGGUGAUACCUUCCAAUGGAGCAAGGUCACCACUUCUAUAUACAACAUUAUACUUGGAAAACUAUAUUGUGAUCACUAUGGCACUAUGCGCAUUAAAGGUAGUGACAAGUACUCUUGCAAGCUCAAAUUCAAGGAACAGUCCAUCAUAGACCGAAAUCCCCAUCAGGUUCAUGGAUUUGUACAAGAUAAUAGGACUGGAGAGAAGGUAGCAAUGUUAGUUGGGAAGUGGGAUGAAGCAAUGUACUAUGUACUAGGUGAUCCAACUACAAAGCCAAAGGGGUAUGAUCCAAUGACAGAAGCUGUCUUGCUUUGGGAAAGAGACAAAUCUGUUACCAAGACCAGAUACAAUCUCACCCCUUUUGCAAUAUCCUUGAAUGAAUUGACUCCUGGCUUGUUAGAGAAAUUGCCUCCCACUGAUUCAAGGCUAAGGCCAGAUCAGAGACACCUGGAAAAUGGGGAAUAUGAGUUGGCAAAUGCAGAGAAGUUGAGACUUGAACAGUUACAAAGACAGGCAAGAAAAUUGCAGGAAAGGGGCUGGCAGCCAAGAUGGUUUCAGAAGGAUGGGGAAGGUUGUUAUCGUUAUAUAGGGGGGUACUGGGAAGCAAGAGAGAGAAGGAAUUGGGAUGGAAUUCCUGAUAUAUUUGGCCAAAGUUGUAACUCACCUUUCCGUUUAGUUGAUGAAUGAUUGCCUUGGGUUCCUCUUAUUAUAUUUUGGGUCCCAUUUCUCCUUUUCAUUAUUCAAUUUCCUUUGUUUCUCUAGUCCCUUUCAAUUGGGAAUUGGGUAUUGGGAUCCCAAAAUGUGAUUUUAGAGUUGCCUCUUUUUGCUCAUUUACAAUUUACAGGUUUCUCUAAGGUGUAAUCAUAUACUGAUUCUAGGAAAUUAGCUUAGUCUCAGAAACUUGCGGAGAGGCAAUUUAUUUUUUUGCAUACUCUUGCAAACGUAACUCUUUUUCUCUCCCAAUCUCUUUUCUGCUGGAAAAAAAAAAAUUGCAGUUAAAUCCA